UUAAAAACUCUUUCAACAGUGAACAUUUUCUCAUCAGUGAAAAGAAUAUUUUCAUGACCGUUGACCGCGUGCCACCGAAAAAAGACGACAGUUGAGCGACGGAAGGCCUUCAUGUGGAGACCAUCUCUAAUUAGUCUUGACAUGGAUCUCGUCGAUACAUUCAUUUCCCUGUACAUGAUUAUCUGCUUUCUACGAAUUCUUUCUCGAACGGCUUUUAUGGCUGCACUGCUUUGAACCACACGAGGACGACCACUCUCUCGAUAUAUUAAGUUCCCCACUCCAGUUUUAGCAAGUGAAAUUUGUCACGCAACUGAGUAUAAAUUAUGAGUAGAUAAUGCAUACGAACAAAAGCAAAAAAAACGCUACUUUUUUCUACGAAUUUGCUCUCGUCGUAUGCAUUCUAAAAUUUGUUACCGAAAUUAUGGCAAGACUAAGUAAUAUAAAACGUUUGUUAUAAUAUUGCUUGACCCAUAAUUAACUAAAUGUCGAGAUUCAAUAGCAAUAAAUCGAGCGAAGGUUUUAUUUUUAUAUUAACAACGUAGGUACUGGAAAUACUAAGAGAGGCUCUGGCACUCACGCUUUCCUUACACACGCAGACAUGCACACCAAGAAAAAAAAACCGGUUAUAGGCGGCGAAUUGCAAGAGCGCUUGAUUCCGGUACCCUACAGCAAGAGCAACACUGAUCAAGCUAUUCGUGUGGUCAAUGCUUUUCGCCAAGGACUUGACGGCCGCUAUGGAGAGCACACCAACACCUCUUUGGCCGAAGUUUUACGCAAGCAAACAUCGUUGAGCAAGCGCCUCUCUGAGACUUCGUCUAUAGAAUAUGCUGAUAAUAUCCCAGAUGAGUUAACGAUCCCCGAAAUCGACGUGGAGCGGCUCUCUUCUCAUAGUCAUACCGAGACGGCCGUUUAAGGAAAAUAAAAAUAAAA